AUGAAACUCUUUCCUUGGAAGGCCGUAGUACACUUUGGAAAGUUAGGGAAGCUAAGUCUUUGUUAUAUUAGACCGUAUGAGAUAGUUGAGAAGAUAGGUCUAGUGGCUUAUAGGUUAGACUUGCCGAAGGAGCUUUCUCAAGUCCAUGAUGUGUUCCACAUCUCCACGCUCUGCAAGUAUAUCUUAGACCCAUCGCAUGUGUUGGAGACACCAGAGUUUGAGUUGAGGGAUGAACUAUCCUAUGAGGAGCAGCCAGUGCAAAUUAUGAAUAGGGAAGAGAAAAGGCUUCGCAACAAGACCAUACCCUUAGUGAAGAUUCUUUGGUGA